UCGCGAAAUGUCGUAUUCGACGUUGUUUCGAAUUCGCGUUAAUUGUAAGUUGAUGAUCCGUAGGUUAUUUUUUCGUAUUUCGUACUUCUCGCGUGUAUUUUAGUGUUGCUCGUAUUCGUAUCGUCAGAUUUACAUUUAUAGACAUAGAUAUUGAAAUUAAUAAUCGAACGAGGUGUUAUAAUGUCAAAGCAAAAGAAGCCGAAAGAUAUACGAACGUCGUGUUUCGGGCCAACACAAUCAUGAAGUAUGAAAGGUAAACAGGCCGCGUGUGGUACCAAAGAUGUCGUGUCCGUUUAGCAAAAUUUCUCCUAAUUGCGACGUUUAUCGAGAAAAACAUCGUCAAAGUUCGGUGCAAUUUUCGUCCGAUAUCGAGGAUAUUUCUACGUUAAAUUUGAAACAUUUGAACGAGGCUAUUUCGACGUUGACCAAUCCGCCGAAUGAAAAAUUACAGUCCGCUUUAAAAUGUGCAGUUCAAGAAGACGAAUAUGCUCGAUUUAGUUUUUUAUUGGAGAAAUUACCAGAAGAUGUAACGAAUUCAAAAUACAGAUAUUUAGAAGAUAUACACGAGUUGAUACGCGAUUUAGAAGAAUGUUCGAGCAUACUGGAGAAACUGGGCUCGAUUAUCAUCAACGAAUACACGGACGAACGUCUGGUACGAGCGUUGAAAUCGUUGGGCGGAACUUUUCAAGAUUUUUUAACCACAUUGGACGGUGUACACGACGCUAUAAAAGGUCAAGAAACCAAUUUAAACGGAGAUCAGAUAUCGUCCGCUUUUGUGUGUACAAUUGACGAGAGCUGCGAUGCCGCGGAUGCGGAUACUCAAUUAACCGAACGAGAUACCAGAAUGGAAUUGUUUUUCACCACUGAUCGGUCUUCCUUAGCUUAUUUAUUAAUAGGUAUUUUAAAAGCUAUCGCUAUGAAGCUCUAUCGUACCCAGAUUGUCGUCACCCUGCUGCCCAACGAUGAAGAUAAUGUGUACAAGUACAGCAUACUGUGUAAACCCCAACCAAUCUCGACUACACCAACGGAAGAAGAAAUCGACGACAACGAUGUGAUCACAUGUAACCACGAAUCUAAACUAUCGAGCGAAUUAGACCAUCUGAAAAUUGAAACAAUUACUCAACCAUCGAGUAAAGUCACCGAUCUGAAAAUUUCCGUACCUGGUUUUUGUAAAGCAUUUCCGUGGCAUUUUUUAACCGAUAAAAAUCUGCAAAUCGUGCAACUCGGAAGCGGAUUCAUGAAGUUGUUUGGAAGACAGUUGAACCAAUUAGGGUACUCGAUGGAGACGUAUUUCGAAAUCAGCAGACCGAUCGGAGUCGAAAUACGGUUCGAGGAUAUAUUGAAAAGAACGAAUUCGUCGUUUGUUCUGACAUUAAGACUGCCAUCGUCGUUGAAUCAUUUUCCGGUUCAAGGACUACAACUCAAAGGUCAAAUGGUGUAUUGUUCCGAAUCCGAUAGCCUAAUGUUCCUCGGAGCUCCAGCUCUAGACGGAUUGGAAAGUUUAACCAGUCGAGGUCUCUUCAUUUCGGAUAUCCCGUUACACGACGCGACCAGAGAUGUAAUUCUAGUCGGUGAGCAAGCUCGCGCUCAGGAUGGAUUAAGACGCCGAAUGGAUAAAUUAAGGAGUUCCAUAGAAGAAGCGAAUCAAGCUGUGGAUAAAGAACGAGAGAAAAAUGUCAGCCUUUUGCACAUGAUAUUUCCGCCGGAUAUAGCCAAACGCCUGUGGUUAGGUGAAAGCAUAGAAGCAAAGACACACGAAGAGGUAACCAUGCUGUUCAGCGAUAUCGUCGGUUUCACAUCAAUUUGCAGCACAGCCACGCCAUUCAUGGUGGUCAACAUGUUGCAGAAUUUGUACACGAAAUUCGACGCAUUUUGCGGCCAAUUGGACGUAUACAAAGUGGAAACCAUUGGAGAUGCUUAUUGCGUUGCUUGCGGAUUGCAUAAGUAUAGUUCGACUCAUGCUCUGCAGAUUGCCUGGAUGGCUUUGAAGAUGAUCAAGACGUGUAGCUCGCAUCAAACGCAUGAUGGGAAGCCGAUCGAGAUGCGAAUCGGCCUACACACCGGAUCCGUGCUAGCGGGCGUUGUCGGCGUAAAAAUGCCACGUUAUUGUAUGUUUGGUCACAAUGUAACAAUCGCAAACAAAUUCGAAUCCGGAAGCGAACCAUUGAAAAUUAACAUCAGUCCGACCACAUAUCAAUGCCUUACUCAAAAAGAAGGAUUUACAUUCGAAGCCAGAAGCCGAUCCUGUUUACCGAAAGGAUUCCCGCACAAUAUACCAGGUACAUGCCAUUUCCUUAAGAAUUACCAGCACCCGACGUUACCAAGCGAUGCGCCAUUAGACGAGCACAUCGAUACAGCAAUGGCCGAAAUUACAUCGGCGGUCACUACGACCGGAACUUGAGAUCCAUUUCAGAUUAUCUCUAGUGUUCAUUUUUAACAAAAAAAAAAAAAAUCUUUCAACUAUUUACCUAUACUUACUUACCUACGUAUAUAAUCGUGUUGUAAUUCUUUCGAUUUUGUGUGUACCUUAUUCAAUUGUAACUAUUGUACUUGUAUUAUUUAUUUGGCCCCCUUUUUCCCCCUUGUUUUUUUAUAUCGUUAAAUAAAAAUGAAAAAAAAAAUGAUGAAAAAAAAAUGAUGAAAAAAAUGAACAAAAAAAUACGAAUUGUUUUCAGAAAGCAGGCUUUAUUAACAUUGAUCAAGCAAAUUUAACUAUAUUCUCGGUAUAUUUUAUUCUCACACUUCAAACUGCGCCAUUUCUUAUACCUUUAUGUACCUAUUUAAAUUUAUUAUUAAUUUUUCGAGUGUUAAAACUCACUUGGUUAGUUUUGUACCUUUGCUCAUUGACUAAUGAAAUCAAAAAAAUAAACGUUUGCAUGUAA